AUGACCCUGCUCUGGCCGGGCCUCGCUGCAGCCUGGGGCGGGCUGAUGGAGAAAGGGACGUUUACUGACCCCCCCCAGCCCUGCCGCCUCCUCGCGGCGGGGCCCGUUCGGGUUCGUCCCUCUGCAGGGGCCGGUGCUGAACCCGCCCCGACCGCGAACGGGCAGCAGCCGCGGGCGGCCCCUGGCCUUUGUCCGGCGGGCCCCUGCGCGGCCGGGGGCUGCGGCGCGCGGGCUCGGCCCGGCCCCGGCCGCUCCCGGGACCCCGCCCGGGGCCGGGACCCCCCGAGCUCCGCCCGCCCCACGUGGCUCGGAGGCGGGGCCGCUCCCCGCGCAGCCGGCGGUCUCCGGAGCCGGCCGGCCCGUGCGCGCCGCCAGGCCCGGCUGGGCGCCCUGCGCCCCCCGCCCUGCGCGUGCCCGCUGCUGCUGCUGGGCGCCGCGCUGGCCGCCUGCGCCUUGCACUACCUGGGCGCGGGGCGCGAGAACCUUCUCCGGCCGCCGGCGCGCCGCCCUGCGCGCCACGCCGCCCCCGCGGCCCGCUUCCACCUGCUCCUGAUGUUCACCAAGGCGGCGCGCAGCCCCGCGCUGCAGGCCCGCGGCCAGGCUGCGCUGCGCUCCCUGCUGCGCCACGCGCGCUUCCAGCCCGGCCAGGUCCUGCACCUGCACUUCGUGAGCGAGCCGCCCAGCCGCCACAUCGCCCAGGGCCUGCUGCGCCCGCUGCUGCCGGGCUCCCCUUCCAGUUUGCCAGUUAGCGCCGGGGCGCGGGUCGCGGGGGGGCACCGGGCACUGAGGCUGUACGGGGCGCUGGGGGCACCGGGCACUGAGGCUGUACGGGGCGCGGGGGGGCACCGGGCGCUGAGGCUACAGCUCUUGGUUGAGGACCUGGUCUGUAUGGGAACUGGUGGCCUGAAAAGAGGGUGUGUCCCAUUCCUGGGCCUUGAUCCUUGCAGAGCCCAUGUGACAGGUGCGUGGCUGCGUUCCAGCUCCCGGGAGACAGCGUCACAAUCAGGCUGCCCUUCGCUGGUUUUUUGCUGUCCCAAAUGCAAGCAAAAGAAGCUUAAUCAUGUUACAAAGAUGAUUGUGCCGGUAAUAUUCCAUGAUGUGGACGUGCUGACAGAACAGCUGUUCCCAGUGGUUGAGGCCAUGCAGAAACACUUCAGUGCUGGGUCCGGGGCCUACUACAGCGACUCCAUCUUCUUCCUGUCCGUGGCCAUGCACCGCAUCAUGCCCACAGAGAUAGAACGGAUAAUCCAGCUGGACUUGGACCUGAAGUACAAGACCAACAUCCGAGAGCUGUUUGAGGAGUUUGACCAUUUCCUGCAAGGAGCCGUCAUUGGGAUAGCCAGAGAGAUGCAGCCUGUCUACAGGCACAGAACAAAAGGGAGGAAAGCGAGGCUUUGAACUGCCUGAAGGGUCCUGCUGGAGUGCUGAGUGUACGGGCUGGGAAUAUAUUGACUUGCACGUUGUGUAGAUAUGGGUUUCCCACAUGUGCUGGAGGCUACUGCUCGUGCUGGUGCUGAUUUCAGUUGCAGUUGAUGAUUUUUGUACUGAAAAAUGUCCUUUGCUCUAAGACAUAUUUGUACGAAUGCUGGAGACUACACACUGAUAAAACUCUCAAUAACCCUGCUUUGCAAGCUCGACCCAGGUGGAGAAUUCAGGAGUUUGAGCCACAGCCUGCUCCAGCAGAGCCAAAAAUGUUUCCAGUCACAGUCACAAGGCCUGGCAGGGGCAAGCAAACUGCAUUUCCAGUGUCUUUGUGUUGGUUUCUCUCCGCUGUUGCCAGGUGAAAGAGUCACAUAACCAAUGGGGAGCCUGGCUGGGAAGCUAGUGACUCCAAGGAGCCCCUGACUGACCCUACACACCAUGUAGAAAUCGACAAAGGAGAAUAGAGAGAGAAACCCUUUUCCCUUUUCUCUAUCCCUGACACAGCAUCUGGGAUCACUAGAGCUAGAGACAUUCUCAUGUCUUCAGACACCAGUAUGAUCUUUUUAAAUACGUGUAACCGCUUCUGAGAGUGCUGGGAUUUCUUUAACGAAAUGUCACUGCUUCCUGUGAGAGUCACUAGCCUGGACUUGGCCUGGUUGCUAAAACACAAUAAUCCUCUUGAAGAGUUUUUCUGUGAGAAACUUCUUCCAUCUCCAAGCUGUACCUUGGCUUCACAUCGUGAGUCCUCUUGCAACAUGAGCUCAGUGGGAUCAUGGAUCUGGAUGCACACGCUAAUGAACUCCUCACAAAGUAAUUGUCCAACCUGGGUGUCUCUUGGCACCGUUGAGUCACUUGUGCUCAGCAGGAAGGCCAGAUAGAGCCAGUGCAGAGUGAGGUCCCGUUUCCUUUUCAGAGACAGAAAUGUGGGUCAGGUCAGGCCACCAGCGAGGUGUAGGAAAUGGAUGUUUUCGCUUCCUUGACUGAGCCAGGCUGGUGGAUAACGAGGGGCUGGGGUUUUCCAGGGCUCUCGCCCUUCACCACUGCAAAUCCCAGUGGCUGGGAAGUGGAGUUAACAGAGCUCUGGCAUCCCCCAUCACAGCCAGGGCUGAGUGUGCACCCACUAGGCCCAGAGCUUCACGGAGCUCCCCCUUGGCACCUCAGUAAGUAGCCUCGUUUUUCAGAAGAGCCUGGUGUGUUGGGAGCUGAGCCAUUCCAUCAGCUUGGUCUCGCGUGAUCAGGGUGACGUGGCCCCGGAGCCUCAAGUGAGCUCCAAGCUGCACAGCAUCCAUGGUGAUGCACGACCAUCCAAUGCAACGGGAACCUGAUCCAUUGUUUUAAAGGAGUUGAAGGUAGGUUAGGGUCUUUCCCUGUCCCUGCAGCCACGCCCGCCCACCACUCCCCCUCCUGCCAGGUUCACGGGGGUUACAAACUCUUACAUAAAACCAAACCCCGCCUAUGCUGCUGUGCGAAAGAGCCACACAGACUGGGAGCCUGGCUGGCUGCUCGGGGACACAGUGGCACCAUUGUGCACAAGGGGCUGUCCUGGGCACAGAGUAACCGAACUGCCAGCCCAAGGGAUGUGUCUCUGCCUCUCUCACCUCUAGUGACCAUACACAAGGCCUGUAACGAUGGCAGGGAAGAAAUGCUUCAGACAGUGGCUUUGAAUUUGACGAUGCCCCACAACUUCACCCCAGCUUUGGGGACAGAUGAGCCUAAAACACAAACCAUAAAGAUGGUGGUGUGAGGGCAAUGCCAGGCUCCUUCGUGUGCAGAGAGAAAGUUGUUAUUGAAGAGAGGUGCAAGGGAGUGAUCUGAGCGCAGACCAGGGAGCUGGAGCAAGGCUGGCAGACCAAGUGCCAGCUCAUGCCAAGGUCCCCAGGUCCCAACUGAGCACUGACACACCCACAGCUCGAACCGGACUGGCUCAUCUGGGUGCUAUGGGUUUAGUGUUUAGACUGUAUUAAAUGCUUGUGAGUUGCUGCCUGCAUUAAUCGCGCACAUUACCAUGUAACAUGGGAUGCAGAUAUUCUAUUUAAGCAUUGGUACAGUAAGCCCCUGUGGCUGCGUAAUCACCAGACAGGGGAGAGACAUUAACUGGUGUAAAGUGCUGCUCUCCAACAGAAGGAGACCAUCCUGGCCAACGAGGAAGGCCCAUUGACACCAGACGGGCUAGUGUGGGACAUUAAAGAGGAUAAAAGACUUUGUUGCUCUGCUCUUCCCCCACCCCAAUGAAGAUGAGUCUCUCAAGUGGCUUCCUCCCAUCAGCUGAGGUCACAGCUCAGGGCACAUGGGGGAUGGGAAUAAAAUUCCCUAAGAAGAAGGACUGGACUCUGGGGGCCAGGUUUCUAGGCACAAGCAAGAGAACCCCAGUGCUUAGCUUGGGUUAGCCCUAAAGGACAUAUAGAGCUUGCUUUUUAUAGAAGCUUCUAGUACCUUUUGAAACUUAAGAUGGUAGCUUAUUUGUGUAUGUACAUUUACCUGCUUUAAC